UUCAAAAUCAACCAUGUGUGCUUUCCAUUUUCUUCCAGGUGACUCCGACCUGUGCUUCGACGCCAGACCUGCACGGCUCCUCUAAAUCCACACCACAGAAGAAGAGAGGCUCCCUUCCAAGGAGUAAAAGUGUGGAGAAGGUGAUGGAGCACGUGAUGGAGCAUCACUAUGACUUCGACCUCACUUACAUCACAGAGAGGAUCAUCUCUGUCUUCUUCCUGCCGGACCUGGAGGAGCAGCGGUACCGCAGAAACCUACAGGAGGUUGCCUCCAUGCUGAAGUCCAAGCACCAAGACAAAUUCUUGCUGUUGAAUUUAUCAGAGAAGAGACACGACAUCACCAGACUUAACCCAAAGGUGCAGGACUUUGGCUGGCCUGAUCUUCACGCCCCGCCCCUGGACAGAAUCUGUGCUGUGUGUAAAGCCAUGGAGACCUGGCUGACUACUGACCCCCUCAAUGUGGUGGUUCUCCACUGCAAGGGAAACAAAGGGAAGACGGGGGUCAUCGUGGCUGCCUACAUGCACUACAGCAAGAUAUCAGCUGGAGCGGACCAGGCUCUCACCACUUUGGCCAUGAGGAAGUUCUGUGAAGACAAAGUCUCCUCUUCCCUACAGCCCUCUCAGAACAGGUACAUCUACUACUUCGGCGGUUUACUGUCAGGCACCAUCAAAAUGAACAGCAGCCCUUUGUUCCUCCACCAGAUCCUCAUUCCAUCAUUACCAAACUUUCAGGCUGGAGGAGGGUUUUACCCUUUCCUGAAAAUCUACCAGUCUCUGCAGUUGGUCUACACCUCGGGCGUCUAUGAUCCCCAGAGCUCCAGAGCGAGGAAGCUGUGUGUGACUAUGGAGCCAGCACUGCUUUUAAAGGGGGACAUUAUGGUUAAAUGCUACCACCGGCGGAGUCGAGCAGCAGAGAGGGAGGUGGUGUUCAGAGUCCAGUACCACACCUGCACUGUUCAUGGAGCCCAGCUGUGGUUUGGCAAGACUGAGCUAGACAUGGCGUGCACAGAUGACAGGUUCCCUCCUGAUGCUACAGUCGAAUUUAUCUUCUCCAACGGGCCAGAAAAAAUGAAAGGGGGAGAAUACCGCAAAAAUGAUGCCUCCAUCAAAGUGGACUUCAACACGUCAGACCCUGUGGUCAGGUGGGAUUCUUAUGAGAACUUCAACCUUCAUCAUCAAGACAGCAUGGAAAAUAUCUGUCACACAAGGGGCCCUCUGGACGGCAGCUUGUAUGCCCAGGUGAGGAAGCGUCGUGGGCCCGGCUCCACUGCCUCAACAGCAUCGAUCAAUGGAUGCCUCACAAGCAGCCCAACAGUCAAACCUCAGCCUCCAAGCCCGCCCCAGCCUCUCGCCUACACCCCUGACUCUCAACGCUCCUCAAUCCGCUCUGAUUUCCUGGAAGACACUAAAGGCUGCCCAGAAAGGGAGAACAUUAAAUCUCCUUCAGGGAAAGCAGAAGGGGAAGACGGAGCAAAGGAGAAAACAAGAGGGAAAGAAAGAGACAGAGAGACUGCGAUUUUGGAUGAUGGAGAUCCAUCAAGUCCUGGGGGAGUGAGGAAGGAGCAUUUCUGCUGUGGCCGAGUAGGUGCAAAGUGUGGCGAUGUUGGAUGGGAGAGGGAAAGAGAUCCCUGCCUCUCUAAUGGUCAUUGUCUCGGCCGCUGCAACAGCAUUAAAAAACACCCAAAAAGCCAAACUCUGCCGGCCUUACCGUCCAAAUCCAUGUCCAUGCCUCCUCAUUCAACACACAUGGAACUCUGCCAUCGACAUAGCUCACAUCCUUUACCAGAGUUACCAUGGGAACGCCCGCCUCCACCCCCACCCCCACCACUGCCCUGCUUCCACAGGCCCUGCUACCCAUACUCUAGCCCUGAACACGCCCACCCACAUAGCCACACCCUCCCAGCCUCAAACAGACUCUGCACUGGGGACGAGUGUCACCUCUUCCAUUAUCCCACCCACAGCCCAGCCUCCCAUCUCUCCCAUCAAUCACUGCCCUCCAGCCCCUACAGGGAAAUGUUCUUUGGCUCUCCAACACUGUCCUCUGGUUGUUCCUGUCGGGACUGCUCCAUCAGGAGAGAGCACCAAUCAGCUCCGGUUAGAACAUUCCACCCACUGCAUCUGGACCAGUUAGAAAACCCUCACUGGUCCAAAGGAGCAGGGGUACAACCGACCAGAGAGGCGCCCCCACUGUGGGAAAGCGAGAAUCCAUGGGAAUUGGGGAGAGAGGUGGAAGUCUGGCACUGCAAAUCUGCCAUUCCGGCAUUUCGUGUCUGCCACUCCCCUUUGGAUCAAGGUCAGAACCCAGAGCAGCCUAGAUUUGCCACCAGUCCCCACCAAGGCUACCCCAGCCCCCAGUCUCUGGUGGAUGUGCGGGAUGGAACCAGCAGUGGGUACCACACUCCUUCACAACCCCGCCACUCCUGCCCCUGCUCUUCUUAUCAGUCAUCCCCAGCAGAAAGCCACGAGAGCCGUGGUUAUGUAUCAGGGUACCACUCUGAAUCAGCCUCACCUCUGCCUGCUAGCAGCCCUUCUCCUGGGAGAGGCAGGCUGCCCGAGACCCCCACUGGAUCUAAAGACCAGCAGCAAACUGAACACCUUAAAGUAGAACAAGGCAAGGCUGAUGUGGAAGAUGAUAUGUCCCAGGGUUCAGAAAGUAAAUCAGACUCCACCAAUGGCCAGUCAAGCACCACUGGAAUGGACUCUGACCAUGACUACACAGUCAUUGGUAGCAGCAGUCCAACACACACAGAAGACAGUGUAACUGCUGAUAGCCCUCCUCAGAGCCAAGAACACUCCAAACAUUUGGAGUCCAGCUCAAAUGGUGGCCAAUCUAUGACACCACUCCCAAGAGAAACACAAAGCCAGAACUCCAAUGUAUCCUUAAACUCCACACAACCAUCAAGUGAGAGAGGUUCAAGUUCUGAUGGAAAGCUUGGAGAAGCCAAGAUCCAAGGAAGUGCAGAAGGAACCAACCAAGUGCACACUUCAAGUUAUGCCGCUGUCUUCAUCACUCCAGUCCAAGUGCAACUGAAUGGCUCUUUACUUCCAAGUGAUACCCCGUCUGACAGCAGCAGCAGCAGAGUUGUAUCCAUGAACCCAUCAGCCAGCUCUAGCCCUUCCACCACUUCUCCAAAUUCUCCUAUUGGCUCCCCAGACCCCAUGUCAUCUCCUCAGCGCUCCACAUCGGCUUCAGACGUAGCGGGACAAAGGCUGACACCGGACAGAGACAGCUCAACAGACACCAAACCACCAUCACCAGUGCCUGAUGGAUAUCACACACCAACCUUCCCCAUGGCGUCAUAUUACUACCCACUGCUGAACGUCCCUCAUGUACCGUACACUGGGUACACUGCGGUUACCAUCCCAGCCAUCCAGCCCCCACUCCCUGAGAAAAAACGGCUUUCAAACACAGCAGGAGCCCUUAAUGGACACAACUCUCUACUCCGAGUGUCCUCUGCUCCAUCCCCGACACACCAUGUUAGUUUCUCCCAAGCUGUAGGGGAGCAGAGACGGGGGUCUGCACAAUUCAGCUGCAGGGAUGACUCGGACAACAGGGUCAAUGCCAAAUUUGUGCAGGACAGCUCGAAAUACUGGUACAAGCCAGGCAUCUCCAGAGACCAAGCGAUAGCUGUUUUGAAGGAUAAAGAGCCAGGAACCUUCCUCAUCAGAGAUAGCAACUCUUUCCAGGGGGCGUAUGGUCUCGCUCUUAAGGUGGCAACCCCGCCUCCCAAUGCCAACAUCAUUGGAAUCAAAGGGGACCCUCUGGAACAGCUGGUGAGACACUUCCUCAUCGAGACAGGGCCACGGGGAGUGAAGAUCAAGGGCUGUCAGAACGAGUCCUACUUUGGAAGUCUAUCUGCCCUGGUGUACCAGCAUUCAAUCACUCCCAUCUCUCUGCCAUGUGCCCUGCAUAUCCCAGAAAAAGAUCUAGUUGGGGAGCUUCAAGCGGUGCAGAGCACAACAAACACCAGCACAGCAGCUGACCUCCUCAAACAAGGAGCAGCUUGCAACGUGCUUUACCUGAACUCCGUGGAAACCGAGUCAUUGACUGGGCCUGAGGCGGUUUCCAAGGCAACCAAGUGUACUUUGGCUUUGAGUCCACGUCCAUUGGCAACAGUGGUCCACUUCAAGGUGUCGGCUCAGGGCAUCACUUUAACAGACAGCAAGAGAAGGUUAUUUUUCAGGAGACACUACCCAAUCAGCAGUGUGACUUUCAGCAGUCUAGACCCCCAAGACCAGAGGUGGACUAAUUCUGAUUGCACUUCAAGCAAGAUGUUUGGCUUUGUGGCAAGGCGAACGGGCAGCGCCACAGAGAACGUGUGCCACCUGUUUGCAGAGAUGGACCCCGAGCAGCCAGCUGUGGCCAUUGUUAACUUUAUAAACAAAGUCAUGCUGGGACCACAGCUACACAGAUGAGACAGAACAGAGACUCUGGGUCUGGAAGAGAUAUUAAUGUGAAUCUGGUUAAUUUUUAGAUGGAGUGUGUGUGUAUUUGUGCAGGUGGCACCACUGUGCUUCGGCUGUAUGACUGUUUUUAUGAGUCCACUCUGCCAGAUCUCUGCUCUGAGGGGCAAAGUAUUGUCAGUUUACAGAGCUUCAAGCCAAAACACUGGCCUCACUUUUUCUACCUUUGCCAAAUGAGAUUAAAAGAAGAGAUUUUGGUUGUU